AGAAUGAAUACAGACAAAUCGGCAGCCCCGGGGAAAAUGGAGAAUGAGGAAAUCUACAUGAACCAGGUCAAGAUGCAGGCAGCAGCCUUUAAAGACAAGAAACGGCGAUCCCCAGACAACAAAGAAGGUGCAGAUGACCCUGCCUAUGAGAAUUUCACGUUGACCUUCAGAAAUCGCGACCAACCAAAGGGCAGUCAUUCACCAGCCAAGAAUAAGGUCCCAUCCCAGUCUAGGCCUCCCUUGGACUCUGCCCAGGGCCUCUAUUGGUUGCACAGAGCCAUGGUGAGCCUGUCCCUCCUCCUCGCCCUGUCCUGCGUCAUUCUCUUGGCCUUGGUCCUGAUGAAGAAUUCCGAGAUGUCCCAGGAGCUGCUGAACUUGAAAGGGGAGCUUCAGAAUGUCUCCCUCUCGGCGCAGGGGUGCCUGGAGUUGCAGAAGGAGGCCUGGAGCACCCUCAAUCAGAACACCAGGAUAGCAGUGCAGGGCAUUAACACGCUGAAGAACAAGGUCCAGGAACAGAGCCAGAAACUCUUAAGAGCCAUAAGUGAAACCAGGGCUAAGUUAGACAAAAUCGAGAUGCUGAAGAUGCCAAAUCCAAGCCCCUCAUCUAAAUCAAUGAGAAGGCGUUGAAGCCCUGGCUGCAGCUGGGAGGACAAGAUCGCAUCCCUCAGUGAAGAUGGAAGAUGGGGGCCCCAGCCUGGUCCAAACCUGUCCUUCAUCCCACGUGUAGAAAAUCACAUAUCUUGGCAAAUGAGUGUUGUGACGUUACGUGUGUGUGUGUGCACAUGUGUAUGGGGGUAAAUAGUUCGGGGAGGGUGGGUAUUUCAGUGUGUCCCCACAGGAAGGUGCUAUGGGUGAAGGUUGCAGGUGGGAGUCACAGCAGGUGUGGUGUGCACACCUGAACGUGUGACACACGUGUGUAGCAUGGUGUGUGUGAGUGUAAUGCAUGUCACGGUGGGUGGCCGUGUCAGCAGCAACCACAAAGGUGUGUCACUGUGGGGUGUGGGUGUUGGUGAUACAUGUUGCGCGUGCCCAUUUCAUUGUCAGUAUAAACACACGUGUGCCCUGCGGGAUAAGUGUAUAAACGUGUCACUGCCUGUGCCAGCGUGAACAGGUGUGUGUCAACAUGAGCGUGUCUGAUUAUGUCACCGAGGGGGUUCAGAGCGUCUGCGUAAAUGUGUCCAUUUGUUUCUGCACUCACUUUCCGUGAUUCAUGAAGAUAAAGGACAAAGGGAAACCACGUGGCUUUCCAGUCUUUUAUUGGUGUGGCUGGGAGGCUUCGGGACGUUGUCGGGGAGGGUCUGUAAGUGGUCAGACUUGGGAAUUGGGGGAGGGCAGUGAACACGUGGACGUGAUGCCAGGAACCCUGGGGCCCCAGGCGGUGUGAGAACAAAUUCCCCCAGUGGGCCCAUGAAUGUGUACCCAGGGAGGAGCCAAGCCCCUGCACCCUGAGUGUGUACCCAUGAAGGUUUGGGACCUGAGAUGUACAAGGUCUCCCUAAGUGUGCAAGGGCCCGCGGAUGCGUAUCUCUGAGUCUGUACCCAUGGGUGUUCCUGUGCUGGUGGGUGAUUCUGUCCACAGAGCAUGUAUCCAUGAGCACAGGUGCCGGUAAGUGUACUAUGCCCAUUGCUCAAGGCUGUACAUCCCCUAAGAGAACACGUGCCCACGGGCAUACAUUUGUCCCUAAGGCAAGUGGACAUGUGCACACAGGCAUUGGUGUGUCGCUAAGACUAGUGAGCAUGCGCAAAUGGCCAUACAUGUGCCCCUACAAGACGUGUGCCCGAGGACAUACAUGUGCCCCUGAGACAGGCAGACAUAGGCUCAAGGACGCACAUGUACCGAUCGUCGAGCCUGUACUCCUGAGCAGGUGACCACCCGUGCUACUGUCCCCCCGAUCGUGGGCCAACCAAGGCCAGCGAGGCUCCUAACCGCCACGCCGCGUCCCUCGGUCGGGCCCCACGGACACGGGCGCCCCCGUGCGGCCACUCUCCAGAAUGACUGCUCGCGCCCCGCCCACACGCCCGUCCCGCUGCGGCGCCUGCGCAUGCCGGGCCUUUUUACGACGCCGUAAAGCAGCUCGGCCGAAUCGCCGGCCGCAGUUCCCGGUAAGACCCCGCCCGCCACGACCCCUCCCGUUGCCGGGCCUUGUCCGCUCCCCGAUCCC